AGACACCUCUUCUCUAUCCUUCCCUUCCUGGCGCGUCAAGCUCCCAUCUCAGCUUCCUUGUUGAAGCAGCAUCCUCACAAGUUCCAAGGCUGCAAGGAAGGGCCUGUAUGGUACUGGAGAAUGGAUUGUUGAGCAGAGGCAUAGCGGCGGUGAAGGAGCUGUGAGACCGCGAACGGUGUCCCGGACUUUAAUCAUCUGCCCCGACAGCUCAAACCACUACUAGUCAACUAAGUCGAACACUCAGUUUCUGCGACAGCAACAUGCUCACCACAGCACCGCACCUGUACAUCCGCCGCCCUUCGCCAACCACAGCCGAGUUCACAGUCACCACCUGCCCGCCACUGACUGUCCCCCUGCGGCUGCUACUGCUCACGCUACACCUGGCGCGGGCCUUGCUCUUCUCCGCCGCCAUCCUAGUCCUGUACGCCCGCUUCGUCGAACCGAGCCAGCACCACGACCACCGCCACCACUACUACCACCACCAGGGCUGCUGCACCCCGAUUUUCCCAUUCCAGCUAUUCCUAGCAGGCGACGUCCCGCAGUUCCUAACCACCCUGCUACAAACCGCGCACCGCUCGCAGCCAGGCAUCUUCCUCUCGCAGCUGACGGCGCCGCUGCCCGACUGGGCCGUGGCAGCGGCCUCCCUGGCGGCGGCGUACGCGGCGGUGUGCUUCCGGCUGCACCGCACCGAGUCGGUGCUGGUGCUGCGCGGGCUGGGCAUUCAGACGUGCACCAUCCGCGGCAAGUGGGGGGGCUGUUUCGGCACGCAGACGCGCUUCAUCCCCACCGAGCAGAUCCGGGACGUGCUGAUCAACGAGGCCUUCCGCGGCUUUGAGGUACGCUACUAUCUCAUUGUGGUCGUCGAGGGCGAGGAGGAUGUCGUGGUGCUGUUCCCAGGCUUGUUGCCGCGCCGGAGGAUCGUCGAGGCUGUGUGGCGCGGGGUGAAGGGGUGUUUGUUUGAGGGGGAGGAGGAUGGGAAGGGGUAGUUGAUUCAAUGGAGAAAGGGCACGGAAUUGGAAGA